AUGAAAUUGUUUUCAAAAACAUCAAUAUUACUUUUAGUAGUGUUGAUUUCAACACUUUUAAUAAGUCUAUCAUAUUCCCAAGUUAAUAUUGGAAAUAAACAUAUGGUUGAAUAUGAUGAAGAUGAAUUCGAAGGUGUCGAUCAUUACGACCAGAGUGGUUAUGCAAAUUUGAAUGGUGCAGAGGAAGAUGGUGAAGCUACCGGAACUACAGAGGAUGAGGAAGGAUCCGGUGAAUCAACAACCAACAAACCAACAGAAACCGAGAAACCAGCUGCUGCAGCUGCAGUAAAGAAACAAACAAACUACUAUAUGGAGAUUGGAUUUAUCAUUUUCAUUGCUUGUUACAUCGUAAACUAUUUCAUUGGAAAGAGAACCAACCAAGAGUUGGUCACCGUUUGGGGUAGACGUUUCCGUAAGACCUUUGAGAGUAACUUCUCGUUCCUUGGUGACAAGGAAUCGUAUGUCAUCGUAAAGGUCGAUCCAAACACCUACACCUUCACCUGCACCGGACGUAUCAAUUGCCAAGGUGCACUCGUCACCAUCACCUUGAAGAAACGUCAAGAUCUCUUUUCAGUAAUCUUUGAUCUCGUUGGUUACGCAGAUCCCGAUCGUGUUACUAUCGAAGUAGCAAUGAAUAAUGAAGUAAUGGAACCAAUGAUUUUCGCUGUAAUCAAGAAUAAGGCACUUAAAUCAUUCAGAGAGAAUAAUAAUGAUAUUGAAUUAUUUGCAUCAAAACAAACACCACCACUUCAUCUCAAUGAUUCAUACACUGUUUUGGGUGAUACCGAAUGUUUACCAUCACUCCUUUUGAAACCAGAGGUUGUUUCAGUUCUCAACAAAUAUGAAAGCUAUUUCGAAUCUAUGCACUUUACUGAUCACUCUUUGAUCAAUCCAAAAUAUCCAAAGACAUUAUCGUUCUCAUACAAAUUACCAAAGAUUAAGGAUAUCGAUAAUAUUCAUCAAUUGACUUUAAUGUCAAUGUAUUUCAUUGAUUAUAUUGCAUCUGCUUCACUUCCAAAGAAUAUUAAAGCUGAAAAACUUAGAGAGAAACAACGUGAAGCAGUCUUUAAGCAAACUCAUCUUGAAAGACAAGAAGCCGCUCAAAAGAAGAAAUACGAAAAGGAGCAAAAAGAGAAAGAAAAGAUUGCCAAACUCACUCCAGAAGAACAAAGAAAGAGAGACGAAAAGGAAUACAAGAAAGAAUUGAAAAAGAAACAACAAAAAGGAAGAGUUAUCAUUGGUUAA